AGCCUAUAGUAAAAACACUAGUCUUUCUCAUAGCAUAAUGUACCGUAUCCAAUUCAUUGUUAGCUUAACUAGUUCAAGACUAAUAUUGCUCAUGAUGCAACUGAUCAUCUUCAUGUUGGCAGUGCUGUCAGCAGCAGCAGCAACUGGUGGACUAGACCCGCCACCUGGAUGUGAUCGUCGGUGUGGAGAUGUAGACAUUCCAUACCCAUUUGGCACCACCGAAGGCUGUGCCUUGGAGAGCAAGUUUCUGAUCAACUGUAACAAAUCAACCGGGGACCCUAUACUAGGCAAAAAUCUCUUGGUUACCAACAUAUCCAUCCAAAAUCAUGAGAUAACCAUCGAGGCAUACAUUGGCAAAUCCUGUUAUGAUAGGAAGGGACAACCGACAUACGAUGACUGGUCAUCCCUUACGUUGCCAUUUUAUACCGUCUUCAGUUCUAAAAACAAGUUCGUUGUCAUAGGCUGCGACUCUUAUGCCUAUCUUCUUGGGACUUACGAAAAUGAUAGCAAUAGCUACUCCACAGGUUGCACAACUACAUGUGGCAGCAUCAGAAGAGUGUCGGCCGAUGGUUCUUGUUCGGGGAUUGGUUGUUGCCAAACCGAGAUCCCCGCUGGGCUCCGAAGUACGGAAAUUCAUACCUACAGUUUUAACAACCACACAGAGGUGAAGGAUUUCAACCCCUGCACCUACGCCUUCGUUGUUGAACAAGAUAAGUUUCAUUUCUCCAAAGAUUAUAUUACCAACUUCACUCAAGAUAGGCAGCCACUGGUGCUUGAGUGGGCUAUAAGUAAUGAUACCUGUGGUAGGAAUGCCACAGCUUAUAAAAUGGACGGCCUCUCUGGAUACUAUUGCAAAUGCAACCCGGGUUACAUUGGAAACCCAUAUUUGUGUCAUGAUUGCCAAGAUUUCAAUGAAUGUGAGAGUUCUGAUAAUCAUAAUUGCACUGUAAACGAGCUCUGUGUCAACCUACAAGGGAGUUAUACUUGCAAACCAAAACAUCAACCAGAUCAAUUGCUUGCGAUUAAGCUCACCGUUGGUGCUGCAAUCGGCCUUAUUGGGUUACUGGUGAGCAGCUUUUGGUUGUACUUGAUUAUCAAGAAAAGAGAGCUAAUCGUUAUGAAAGAAAAAUUCUUUCGCCAGAAUGGUGGACUUAUUUUACAGCAAAAACUCUCUCAACAAAAAGGGCACUCUAAACAGAAUGCCAAGAUCUUCAGUGAACAAGAGUUAAAAAAGGCCACGCUCAAUUAUAAAGAGAGCACAAUCAUUGGCCAAGGAGGUUUUGGUACAGUCUACAGAGGAACUUUAGAAGACAACAAGGUUGUUGCCAUCAAAAAGUCCAAGAUUGUGGAUCGAACCCAAAUUGAGCAAUUCAUCAAUGAAGUGAUUGUGCUCUCCCAGAUUGACCAUAAGAAUGUGGUUCAACUCUUGGGGUGUUGCUUAGAGACAGAAGUUCCUUUACUUGUAUAUGAAUUUGUCCCCAAUGGCACCCUGUCUGAGAGCAUACAUGAGAAGAACAGGGCAUCCAAUUUACCUUGGGAAGUUCGUCUAAGAAUAGCUGCAGAAACUGCUGAAGCAUUAUCUUAUCUUCAUUCCUCGGCAACACCAAUUAUACACAGAGAUGUCAAGUCCUCCAAUAUACUUCUUGAUAAUUACACUGCAAAAGUUUCAGACUUUGGAGCUUCAAAGUUGGUUCUGAUGGACCAAAAUGAAGUAGCAACAAUAAUGCAAGGAACUCUUGGAUACUUGGACCCUGAAUAUCUCCUUACGAACCAAUUGACAGAUAAAAGUGAUGUGUAUAGCUUUGGAGUUGUGCUUGUUGAGCUAUUAACAGGAAAAAAGGCUUUGGCAUUGGAUAGGCCGGAGGAGGAGAGGAGUCUAGCUAUUUGUUUCCUUCAGUCAUUGAAAGAAGGUCGAUUAUUAGAAAUCCUUGAGACUAGGAUAGUGAAGGAAGAUAACAGAGAGCAAGUCAAGGAAGUGGCUGAGCUGGCAAAAAGGUGCUUGAAUUUGAAAGGGGAUGACAGGCCUACAAUGAAGGAGGUAGCAAUGGAGUUAGAAGGACUUAGAAAAAUGGAGAAGCAUCCAUGGAUUAAUUCGGAGUUGAAUUCGGAAGAAAUUCAAUAUAAUUCGGAGUUGAAUUCGGAAGAAAUUCAAUACUUGCUUGCUGAGACAACACCCAAUGCGUACCAAGAAUGCAACGAUGGUAGAAUUACAACUGCUGCAUAUGACAGCAUCAAGGAUCAUGUAACAUUAGACUUCUCUGGGAGAUAGAGUAAAUUAAGCAUAUUUAAGUGGAGGGAGGAUCAGUGUCUUUUCUUAUCUUGUCUUGUAGUAAUAAUAUAUGCUCACAUACACACACAUGCAUGUGCACAGAAUAUGUAAUUUGAUUUCGAGUAUAGUAAUGCUAGCUCGUCCUUAAUAGUGUCCUCAAUAUGAUCUUUGGAGCAACGAUCAUUGUGCUUCUUUUUGUUCUUGCUAGUCCAGUUGCUCUCAUUUUAUAAAUAUUAGGAGCUCCAGUUUAAUUAUUAUGCAGCUGACUUGAAAGAAUAUUGUAGAGGAUUUCUAGACUAUCCAAUACUUUUCAAAGCUGACUUCCAGUUGCCAAAAAAAAAAAAAAAAAAACAGAAGAGAAAGAUACACAAAGAACAGAAGUAUUUUACAUGGUUCGGUUACAAACAACCCACAUGCAAAGAAGAGUUCAGAUUACAUUGAUCAUGGGAAGAAUACAAGCAUUUCACACACUCUCCGUUCUUACGGCAAGAACAACUCACUCUCUCUCUCAAAGUGCUCUCUCUAUUUUUCCUAGUCAUAAAGAAUACUCUCCACACACAUGCACUUUUUCCACAUCUAUCUCCUAGAAGCAGCCGAAGCAGCAGCCAUACUGGAGGCUCUUAAGCUUGCUCGUCGAGAGGGUUUUCUGAAUGUCUGCUGUGAGAGCGACGCGAUGGUGGUAAUACAAAAUAUUAACAACCCGCGCCAAUAUUCAUGUCACUGGACUACUGCUGAUUUCAUUGAGGAAAUUUUGGAAUUUUGUUGUUUUUUCCAGACUAUCUCUUUUGUUUGGUCCCCUAGGAUUUCAAACCAGCUAGCACAUAUGACCUCGCGUUGGGGCCUAGUUAAUGACAACUUAGAUUCCCUUGUAAGCUCUGAAGCGUUCAUCCAUACGAAGAAUCAAGACAGUGGCAGUUAGGCUACAGGUUGAUUCUCUGGCAUACUGGUUUUGUAAUAUGUACUCUUGUAUGCCUGCUUUUUUGGCUAAUAUAACCCCCCUUUU